AUGUGUUGUGCCUUCUUGUGGUGUCGCGCCGAAGGUGUUUGCCUGGCAAAGCCUUGUUAUCGUUCUCCUCUGUCACGAUCUUCUGCUGACUCGUCUCCUGCGUGGCACCCUCUGCUUCGUGCUCCUAUGCUAAAUGACACAAUUCAUGUUGUGGAGUCCAAGCCUGCGAAACGUUAUGGUGAUUACUUUUUGCGUCAGAUUGUCAAGAUCACCACCUUUUCAAACUCAAACACCUAUCGGUGCAAGAACGUCACCAACAACAACAAGACAACAUGGAUCGCCAUCAAGAACAGCAAAACUAACACCAACGCAACAGCAUCAUCGUUAGCACGAAACUGGUAUGUGCCAUCACCUUCAAACUGGACAUUCCUUCCUCGUACAUGGGAUCGGGAAACGAGGAUGAUGACGGUUACACGACUCCAACAUCCUCGGAAAACAAAAUCCCGGUGAUCCCAGAAUGCCCAGGUGUUCCGAAGAAGACGAAACCGAAGCCAGCCUCGAAGAGAAAAGCUUAUCGAUGAAGAACUCUGCUUGAUUUGACCCAAGAUUUGGAAUCUUUGUUCCGGUACCGUGUGGUAGGAAUAAAGUUAUUUUCAAACUGAGAUUUAAACAUUAUUAUCAUUAUAAAAAUAUGUAUAAAUAAUUAUUAAUUUUAUAGACUAAAAAUAGUU